CCAGCCGUCGUCCGGCACUGUUCUCGAAUCGAUGCCGCAACAACUUCUUACAGCAGCGUGUUUACGCUUCAGGUAGAAUAGAGCGCAAUGUAUAAAUUGAUCAAAUAUUUUCAUUUUUUCUUUCAAUUUCAAAUAAGCGAUAGAUAGCGACAUCUGUGAAAGUGAAAUAUACGUUGUGAUACCGGAAGAGUCAGCUGUGAAAAUUUAAAAUAAUGACAUCAGUACGUAUCAAACAAUGUUUUAUACAAAUUAAUUUAUUUUGCUUGUUUGCCUCGCUCAUAACUACAGUAAAAUGUGAGCCGAUAAAUGCAAGUAUUUCGCUGAAAAUAGAAGGAACGGGAUUUCAUAGGAAUCUGAUGUACGACAUACAUUUCGACGAUUUCAUAGAAGACUGUUACACUGCUUUAUAUUUACGACUUCCAUCCUCUUUAUAUGCAGACAUUAAUGAAUUAGAUCAUUUAACAAGACUGGGAAUGAGCACAGCAUGUGCUAGUGGAGAAACUAAUGUCGAAUUAUUCGCAGAGAAAGCACAAACUCAAGACAUAACUGUUUGUGCACCUUUAACCAAUACAAAAUGCAACGUGAGCAUCCCAGUCCAUCAUCGUUAUCAAUAUGCCAAUGGAAGUCAGAAAUAUAUGCAUACUACACUGCCUAAACCAAAGUUGUUGUUGGGCUGCAAACAAAGAAUUAAAGAAUACAGAGUUUCCAAACUGGAUCUCUGCGUCCCAUGUGCAGAGAUUAUGCCUAAGUGGAGAGAGAUUCCGUACGCUAUGGCUACAGAAUACGAGUGGAUAACUCCAGUUGGUGAAGAAGGUAUGUGGCCUACAGUAACUUAUACCACACUGUUAUUAACAAUUCUAGGUACACUGUUCCUUAUACGAACAAUUUGUAAAUCCACGCCGGAACAACAUUCCAAAAGAGAAUAAUUAUAUUGAAUGAAUUAUCUAAUAUUGUCAAAAUGAUAUAUCUUUAAAAUUUUAUACGAUUUUAUAAUAAAUAAUAUUAAAUACAAU